GUUAGACAAAAAAUAAAUUAACCCAACAUUUAUAGGUCUUGUUUCUUAAGACGUGUAUUUCACCAUGGUUUUCCGUCUUUUUUUACUUUGUAUACCAGUUGCUAGUGUACUCUGUGGCAAAAUUGGUGAAAAAGAAGAAAGUAUUAAAGACGCAAGUAAACGGGAAGGCGACUACAUAACGAAUGCCACAUUAAGCAAAAGUAAUCAACACAGACAACCAAAACAAGUGAACUAUUACACUAUUCCGAAUACAGCGAACAUGCGAAGAAUCAAUAAUAUGAACCUUAACAACAAUUAUUAUUACGAUAACAGACCAAAACCAAUGUAUCAAUGGAACUACCCACCACGAACCUACCCAGCUAAUGGAUUCAGAAGGCAAGCCUUGUUUCCGGUCAGAAAUGCCAACAAUUUUGUUAGAAGACCAAUUCGCACUAAUAACAAUGCAAACCGUCUAAAUUUUAACCAAAUAUCUGCUAAUGCACCACAGCGGCCAUUUAGAAGAUCAACUACAACUUCAACCUCUAAACCGACUACGAAAAAAAAGUUUAGGCCGUCGUUUAUUAUGGUAUAAUAAUAAUAAUACAUAUUACUUAUAUGACAGGAUGAUUUUGUUUAUAUUAGGACUAAAAUAUUUUCGUCUACAAAAUAAAGUAAAUCAUUUAUUUAUUUA